CAGACAGUUCAUUGAAAAAGGAAGAAAUAGUAUUCAUGAUCGAAACCUUAGUUGGAUCCUUAAAUGAAGCUAAACGGCCACAAUUCAAAGGAUUAAAAUCAAAAAAAAAAGAUGAAUUGUUAAUAAUUUUGCAACAAGUCCGAGAUCUUCAUAACGUAUCUGAUGUU